CAAUGCAUAUCCUUGGUUGUGCCGGGGUUUGAACUCCGGACACCUGACAUGCGGGUUGAACGUUUUACUACUAUCCCACCAGCGCACUCUAGAAGCACCUGAAUUGUCACAUGUGAACAGGCAAACGUGCCAAGCGGCUCGAACGAUGACCCAUUUUCUGUCCUGGCUGUGUCGAUACACCGACUGGCCUUUUUCUGCCUUGACGUGUAAUCGCACUGCCAAUCGGGAUCAUGAGAACGUCCCCGGAAGAGGCGACCACACCCUACACUAUAGAUCCAACAUUCUACUCACCGUUUGCUGGUGUGCGGACCUUGAUACCACACUGUGCCGAUCAGUGACAGACUUGCAUACUUGUUG